GGGUUUCGUUUCCAGAAAGUGCUCUAAUGCCACACCCGGACAGGCUGCACUCUGAUUCGUUUCCUUGGUGCCGAGGGGGAUCUUUAACGUCUCUGCAGUUACCAAAACUUACCCACUUAGGCAACAGUUGCCACCACUGAGUGCACGUUGGUCCCCUGCGGGACAGCGCCGGAGUGGGGUCCCUUACGGACACGGGGAGUGGGACCCGGAGGCCCCUCCCGCCCUCCCGGGCUGCCCCGGCAGGCCCCGCCCUCGGUGCCUUUUGCACCGGGUCGGAUGGUGAGAAGUUAACUUUCCUCUCCCGGAGCAGCUUCACUUCAUCUUUGGCGUUCCCUGUCCUGCUUCCCCGGGACCCCAGGGUCCAUGAACUCUGCCGCCACCAGCCGCGCGCUCCCCGGCCGCUCGCAGGGGGCUGAUGGCGUGCUCAGCUCCCACGCUGAUGGCCAAGACGAGAAGAAGGAUGGGCAGCCCGAGAGUUCCAGCAGCAGCCUGACCUAUGGCGUCUUGGAUGUCCCUCCGUGGUAUCUCUGCAUCUUCUUGGGGAUCCAGCACUUCCUCACCGCCCUGGGGGGAAUCGUGGCGGUGCCGCUGAUCCUGGCCAAGGACCUAUGCCUGCAAAACGACCCCCUGACCCAGAGCUACCUCAUCAGCACCAUCUUCUUCGUCUCUGGCAUAUGCACUCUCCUGCAAGUGUGUUUAGGGGUCAGGCUGCCCAUUCUCCAGGGGGCGACAUUUGCUUUUUUGGCACCCACUCUGGCUAUGCUCUCCCUUCCGGACUGGAAGUGCCCUGAGUGGACGUUCAAUGCCAGCCAGGUGAACACCAGCUCCCCAGAAUUCACUGAGGAAUGGCAGAAGAGGAUCCGAGAGUUGCAGGGCGCCAUCAUGGUGGCUUCCUGCGUCCAGAUGCUAGUGGGCUUCUCAGGCCUCAUUGGCUUUCUCAUGCGCUUCAUCGGCCCCUUGACCAUUGCCCCGACCAUCUCCCUGGUGGCCCUGCCUCUCUUCGACCCCGUGAGCAAUGACGCCGGGAUCCAUUGGGGGAUUUCUGCCAUGACCAUCUUCCUCAUCGUGCUGUUUUCUCAGUACCUGAAAAACAUCACGGUGCCCGUGCCGGCUUACGGAGGACAGAAGUGCCACACCUCCAAGUUCCGCCUCUUUCAGGCCUUCCCUGUGCUGCUGCCCCUCUGCAUCUCCUGGUUCAUCUGCUUCAUGCUCACGGUCACCAACACCCUCCCCACGGACCCCUCAGCCUACGGGUACCUGGCCCGCACCGACACCAAAGGCAGCGUCCUGAGCCGGGCCCCUUGGUUUCGCUUCCCUUACCCAGGACAGUGGGGCGUCCCCACUGUCAGCGUGGCGGGGGUCUUCGGGAUCAUCGCGGGGGUCAUCUCCUCCAUGCUGGAGUCGGUGGGUGAUUACUACGCCUGUGCCCGGCUGGUGGGGGCCCCGCCCCCUCCAAAGCACGCCAUCAACAGGGGCAUCGGCAUCGAGGGCCUCGGCUGCCUGCUGGCAGGGGCCUGGGGGUCCGGGAACGGCACCACCUCCUUCAGCGAGAACAUCGGGGCUCUGGGCAUCACCAAGGUGGGGAGCAGGAUGGUGAUUGUCGCCGCGGGCUGCGUGCUGCUCCUGAUGGGCAUGUUUGGGAAGAUUGGGGCUGCGUUUGCCACCAUCCCAACCCCCGUGAUUGGAGGCAUGUUCCUGGUCAUGUUUGGGGUCAUCACCGCCGUGGGGAUCUCCAAUCUGCAGUACGUGGACAUGAACUCGUCCCGGAACCUCUUUGUCUUUGGCUUCUCCAUGUACUGUGGGCUCGCCGUUCCCAACUGGGUGAAGAAGAACCCCAAGAUGCUCCAGACAGGGAUUCUCCAGCUGGACCAGGUCAUCCAGGUGCUGCUCACCACGGGCAUGUUUGUCGGUGGACUUCUGGGCUUUGUCCUGGACAACACCAUCCCAGGAAGUAAGGAGGAGCGCGGCCUCGUGGUGUGGAAUCAAAUCCAGGAUGCGUCCGAGGAGACCCUGAAGGCCUCGGAGGUGUACUCCCUCCCGUGGGGGGUCGGCACCAAGAUCUGCACGUCGCCCUUCUUCCAGCGCCUGCCGUUCUGGCCCCGGCGGGGCCCCGGCGGGGCGGCCCGGAGCCCGCUCCCCGUCUGCGCGCCGGCGGCCUCGGAGACCCGGAUGUGAGGGCCUCCCUCUCCGCACACCUGCCCGCGCCUCCCCCGCACCUGCGGCAGCGAGAGUGGCCGCUGUCCACACUCCCCUGCUUUCCCGCGCGCUCUUGGCAGCAUGCUGAUGUGUUGGGGGGAGAGGCCUGCGCCAGGGCAGGGCUGGAGAUGGGGCUGUGUGCGGGGAGGGGACGGAAUGGUUCUCCUCUUCUCCCAGGGGGCAGGUGGCCCUGUGGCCUCGCUGUCCCCGCCCUCUCAGGGCCUGACCCCAUGGCCGGGCGGGAGCGCCCCCUCUUCAGGCAUCUCCUCUGGGUUCCUGGCGCUCCAAUCCCCUCCAGGCCAGGAAGGGCCGGGGGCCAAAGUCCAGGUGUGGCCGGGCUGGACUUAGCCUGCGCAGACCCCGGUCUCUGUCUGCCAGAGUGGACUGCAGGCUGCAGGGAAGUUAGCUGGAUCUGCUACCUUGGGCUUCUCCAGAAACUUCCACUGUUUCCCUAGGGGAUUCAGUCUUAUGCCUUCACCUUUUUUUUUUUUCUUUUUGCUUAAGUUUGCGAGAUCUGAAUGCCUUCACCUUUUGCUGAGCACUGGGUCCUACUAGCAAGAAAUAACAUCCAUGCCCUCUCUCAACACCUCCUUCCCCAUCAAGAAUGCUAUCCUUGGUUGGCCAAAGCCCCUCCUCUGGAAGGAAGGGGAGACAGUUUGCUGGGGUGCGGAGAAGGGGAACAUCUGACAUUGUUCUAGAGGCUGUUUCCAGCAUGGGCUCUCCUGCCCACCACCCCCACCAUUCUCCCGUCUGUGCUUGGCAUCGGGUGGGUGGAGUUGGCUCCUGUAGCCUACUUUACAAGGCUUGGUGAUUUCGUGUCUCCCAUCACGCUGGGCAGGAAGGGUGUGUUCUUGUGUGUUAGAAGUGGAGGUGGUGUGGGGGUUCCACCAAGUACAAUGUCACUAAUGUGGGUAAAAAAUCUAUGCAUGCUGGCUCUGUGUGCAGACAGGUAGAGACAGGUGUGCGUGGGGAGGCAGGGGUGAGCAGGGUGCAGACGUGGUAGUCUCGGCCUUGUUUCCUUCCCUCCCGGGGCUACUAGCCUUUCAUGCUACAGGUUUCUUUUAAUAUCCAAGUAACCCUGGAAGUGGGAGGGGUCACCAGGAGGGCAGGAGGGGCCUGAGGCCUGGCUUUGGGAUAUAGACAGGAGUACUUCUCCAGGUGGAAAAAUAAAAUUGAUGGGAUUUCUUAAGGGAGAAGUCCUGAGACUGAGCCAGAGGUGGGAAUGCAGGUGAAAUCCAUUAGACCCCGGAUUCCCUCCAGUUACUCUGUGUGGUGGAAGCACAAGCCCAUGGGGAAAGAUUGGCAGGGAAGGAGAUGGCCUCCAGUGCAUGCAGUUACAAACUCACACAAGUGGGGGAUGUAUAAUUCCAACCCUCUUUAUCGGGUGAUGGGUUCAGAGUGGUCAAUCUCGAAGGCCGUUCCUGGGGUGUAUUGAACCAAUGCCCCGAUGCCUCCAAAGCUGCCUGUAAAGGACCUCGGGGAGAAGAACAGACUCCACCCCAUCUCCUGGGACAAUUCCAGUUGCUGUCCCUCAAAAUACAGUGGCUCCAGGGAGGAAGGAGGAUUGCCACAUAACAUGAGGAACGUCAGUCUUGAAGGGGGUGAAGAGGUGAAGGUGGGGGGGUGUGGAGUGUGAUAUAGCUGAAUUCUGUCAUAUAAUGGACCAUGGAGAUCACGAUACUCCUGAGAACAGCCCCGAAUGAUGCCCCAUGAUGGAAUCUGCUAGGCCAGUCCUGGAGUACUAUAGGAGUAGGACUCCUAUAGUACCCUGCGUGCUUCAGGAAUAUAACAGAUAAUAUCCCAAAAGGUGAUCCAGCAUGAAAAUGCCUGUAAAAGCUUCUGACUCAUAUAAGAAUGCUAAAGGGAAGUGAAGAUCUUGCAGGUCCAGCCCUGACCUUGUACACCUGGUGUACAGCCUUCUACAGUGACUGCAAAGGCAAAAGAAAAAGACAGCCUUCCCCGCUGGCUCUACCAAAAACUUCCUAUGGAGGACUGUGGUAGCUCAGGGUAUCCCAUGUAAAGAAGUUUUUAAAGUUAAUCUAGAACAAGCUUCCCAUUUCAAGAUCUUUAACUUAGUUAUAUCUGCAAAGUCUCUUUGCCAUAUAAAGGUGACAUUCAUAGGUUUUGAUGAUUAGGAUAUGGAUAUCUUUGGGAAACAUUAUUCAACCUACUACAGUCCCUGGUUAAAAAUUCUAUACAGUAGUCCCCCUUUGUCCUCAGUUUCUCCUUCUCUGAUUUCAGUUACCUGCAGUCAACUGAGGUCUGAAAAUAUUAAAUGGAAAAUGCCAGAAAUAAACAAUUCAUAAGUUUUAAAUUGCAUGUUGUUCUGAGUAGCCUGAUGAAAUCUUGCUCUGUCCUGCCUGGGACCCGACUCAUCCUUGGUCUACUGUAGCACGCUGUAGAUGAAACUUGCCUGGUAGUCAUUAGUGGCCUUCUUGGUGAUCAGACUAACUGUCGUGGUAUCUCAGUUCUUGUGUUCAAGUAACUCUUAUUUUACUUAAAAUAUUAAUAUAAUUGUUCUAUCUUA